UCUCUUCAGACAAGAGACUUUUAUUUGUGGCUCUGUGUCUGAGCUGGGCAGGUUUCAGAGGAAGGACUGACGGCGCCGGACAUCCAGAGAGACUCUGGCGAUUUAUAUGUACACGCUGUUAAAAAAGAGCAAGCAAGAUUUUCCCUCUGCGGGACGAGCCCGGAGAAACUACCUGCCUGUCACCGGAGAGGAUGAGGGAAAACCUGGGGAAUGAUCCUAAGGGACUCGUCUGAUGGGGAGGAAGAGUUUACUGGGAUGUAAACACGGACCAUCGAUCACUAAUCAGGAGUGCUUUUCAUCACCAUGACGCCACAUGAGAGCUCCCUCCUGCUGACUCACCUGCUCCUGCUCUUACUCCCUCUCACUCUGUCUCUUCUGCACCCACGUCACCCUCCACCAGUCCAUGUCCCCACACUCGUCCCUCACACGCCGACGCCUCUCCUCCGCUCCCGCUUCAGUGCUCACACGCAGCUGGACCUCACCACUCACUGCAACUCCAGCUGCUUCCACAGAGAGCAGGAGGCCCAGAGGGAGCAGCUCGCAGAGAAACUGGCCUUUGAGACGCUGUACUCCGAUGGCACCCGCACUCUCACCACUGUGGACGUGGAGGACGAUGAGGGGUUUGAAGGAGAUGACUUCGCACACCCUUCACCGAGAAGAGAACCAAGAGUGAAGCACAGGCACAAACGUGUCAGGCGGCAGAUCUACGGGGCUGACGGACGUUUUAACAUCCAAGGUGAUCACUUCCUGUUGGAUUAUCCUUUCUCUACAGCCGUGCGGAUCUCCACCGGCUGCACCGGCGUUCUUGUGUCUCAGCAGCACGUCCUCACAGCUGCUCACUGUGUGCAUGAUGGGAAAGAUUAUGUCAAGGGGGCGCGAAAGCUCAGGGUGGGCUUCUUGAUUCCUCCACCCAGUAACAGCACCAUAUCCAGCCUCACUUCUUCUAAGAAGCCUCUGGUCCGCUGGGUGAGGGUGAAACGCACCCGUGUGCCAAAGGGCUGGAUCCAGGGCCCUCAGGAGGUCAGCAUGGACUUUGAUUAUGCCCUGCUGGAGCUGCGUUGGCCUCACCGACGUCCCUUCAUGCGCCUGUCUGUGGCUCCCUCCUCUGACGACCUGGCAGGGAAUCGCAUCCACUUCUCUGGCUUUGACAGCGACCGUUCCGGGGAGCUGGUGUACAGGUUUUGUCCUGUGGAAGAAGAGUCCAGCGACCUGAUAUACCAGCACUGUGAUGCCCGACCUGGAGCCAGUGGCUCCGGAGUGUACGGAAGAGUGUGGGACAACAGUUUAGAGCGCUGGGAAAGGAAGGUCAUCGGCAUUUUCUCUGGACACCAGUGGCUUGAGAUUGACGGGGAGAACCGGGAUUACAAUGUGGCCGUGCGCAUCACUCCUCUGAAGUUCGCUCAGAUCUGUUACUGGGUGCAUGGCAACCGACUAGACUGUGUCCAGAACUGAGAAAGACAACAGGACAAGGAGGAGGUUUUGAACGUACAGCAUGAAAAUCACAAGAAAGCACAAAAAGACAGUGUGAAAUAUGUCAUCUUCCCCGGUACAGAGGAUUAAAUCCAUCCAAAAAUAACACCCUCAAUGAUGCACCAGUAGAGCAGAUCAGUUACUGUUGGAACCCCUCAUCGAGUUAUUUCUCCUCUGUGUUUAAUUUACUCCCUGUAACCUCCGGGCCUAUUAAACAAAUCCGCCUGUGAGAUCAUCACCGCGGCAUCUUUUAAUAUGUUUUGCCCACAGUCAGAUUAAUAACACAGUCAGUGUUUCCACAGUAUUAACAUAAGCCACUUUUUAUAAGAGGGGGAAAAACACUUCUCCUGGUGUGUGCAGUGUGUCAGUAGCAGCAGAUUAUUUUCCUACUGUGGAUGAUGGAAACCUAUUGACAUUUUGUCAUCUCUCUCUUCUGACUUCGGGGAAAUGGUUUAGUGUUUUUAGAGCUCUUUAAGGAUCAUUUAGUUUAGACCACUGAUCUACGUACCAGAGGUGUGGACUCGAGUCACAUGUCUAGGACUUGAGUCAGACUUGAGUCACAAAUUUGAUGACUUUAGACUGACUUGACAAAAUAUAAGAAAGACUGGCAACUUAAUUUAAACAAUGACUCAUGACUUCACUUGUACUUGAGCCUUUUGACUAAUAAAUACUUGAUACCUUCCCCUUAAGAUAAAAAAAUAUGUUAUUUAAACUUAAAAAGAACUAAAGUUAUAUAACCCAACAGUUGGAAAAAAUAAUACCAAAGAUAAUUUCGUUCCCAUACAAAAACUACGCGGUAGUCACCAAAAAAAUGAAUUGCAAUAUGCAAAACGUGCAGGUCGAUUACAGACAGAGAAGCACCAACUUCCAACAGACUUGUUUUAAAGGAGCAGUGAGUAGGAUUUAGCAGCAUCUAGCAGUGAGCAUUGCAGAUUGCAACCAGCUGAAACAUCUCCACUGUGCCAAACCUGAACUCCUAGUUAGGAUUCCUUAAUUGUUUAUUGUUCAGGAGGUUUUUACCGGUGCUGAAUUAUCUGCAGAGGUCUCUUUCCUCUCAAAAAACAAACAGAUCAGGUGAUUAAAACCACUAAAAACACAAUCUAAAGAAGAAGACAUUUCAAAUCUGAUGCAGUUUGGUUAGUUGGAGAGGGUAUGCUAGCCCAGCACCUGCUAAUGUGUGCUCACCUUUUUUCUCUGACAGCUUCAGAUCCAGACGUUCAGGCCUCUUCCUUCAGUUUCACAUUAAACAUCUGCAUUUUUUUGACACUGUUCAGCUCAAUGCUGAGGGGACUGCUAACUAUGGUAGCCCUAUCUAGAGCCAGUGUUUGGUUUAUUCAUUCUGGACUACUGUAGAAACAAGGUGGUGCAACAUGGCAGACCCACUUUAGAUAUAAACUGCCCAUUCUAAGGUAACGAAAACACAAUGAUUCUUAUUUUCAGGUGAUUAUAGGCUCAAGAAAACGUACUUAUUGUAUUAUAUUAUAUUCAGUUUCUGCCAAUAUAUCCCACUAAAUCCUGCA